CCGCACGGACUUGCUUGCAGUGCGAGGCUCGAAUGGGGACAGGACGCGCGGGGGGUGGGUGAGAGUGAGCUAUGAGGAUGAAGCGCACAAGCUAUACGGUGAGACGCUCUCGUCUUCGUCUUGCCGAACCCUGUCACUGAUGAGAAGGGUCAACAGAAUACUUGACUCGGAAUCGAUUAGAGGGCCGUUCGUUGCACGUGGAGCUCUGGGACGUGUCGGACGCCGUCCCCGCGACGCUGCUGCAACGCAACUACCAUCAAAAUGCACACCAAGUCGCGCAGGCUAGAGACACGGACGCGCAUGGCAACCAAGUUGCUGGACAGUCUGCUGUGCAGCCUGCUCCGCGGCGCAACGUGAUGUACCCCGUGCAACCAAUGGCCGCUCCCCUCAUCAGCCCAGUCUACUAUCAGAUCCAGCCGCACCCGGCGCCAAUUCCGAUAUCAUACCCGAUGCUGCCUCACCCGGCGCCAUACCCGCAGCCUCGGUAUGCCACGAGGAGCGACGGCAUUCAGAUCAACGUGUCGAACGGCGCGGCCCUCACCGAGGCGCGUGGCGUCUUCGUGAGCGGGCUCGACUACAGCCUGCGCAAGGAAGACGUGGAAGCGGUGUUCGGCAGGGCGGGCGCCAUCAAAGAAUGCAAGCUCGCGCGGACGAGCUCCGGCAAGUCCAAGGGCUCUGCGACGGUGCGAUACUUCAGCGCGGAAGCAGCACAAACCGCCAUUCAGACGCUCAACGGCAGGCAGUGGAAGGACCGGGUGCUGCAGGUGCGCGGCGACAGGGAGGAGUUCACCGUGACGCCGCCCGCCAGGGACACCAUGUCCAGAUCGCGCGCCGCGGCGCGUAACGAGCGAUUGGUGGUCGAUGGAUCUCGCACCGCACGCCGGAGUGGAUGAUGGUAUGUGAAUGGGGGAUUGUCCGUUCGCUUGUUCGCUCGUUCGUCCGUUCUCCUGCCAGCCUCUGCGUUUUCCCUGUUCGUUCUGCAGCCUCCCGUGGCAUCAAAAAGUCUAUCUCGGCUAGUGGCGUGUGUAGUGUCAAAAAAGGGCAACCUGGUUGGUCCCCCCGCUC